GCAAAAAUUUUUCUCCAGUUUGGGAUCUAAAAUAAAAAUAUCUUGGAAAAACUAUCCUAGGUUUUAUAGUUAAGUCAGUCAAAUGAAAUAAAAUAUUCAGCCAGGGAUGUCUAGUGGUUUUACUUAAGCACACUCUUGGUUUUCACUGACCUCAAAAAUGCAGGAGGAGUGAAUUGUUUGUACAUAUAAAAGAAAGCUUUAAUCUACUGUUCAAAUGACACAAAUACACACCUUACCUCAGACAUUAAAACCAUUAAAUUGAUUUAAAAGACAGAUAAUUCUAAAGACAAUGUGACAUGGAGAUUUUCUUAGUGGUUAAAUAUAUUAGGUGGACAUUUUCAAGCUUUUCUACAAUAAAGAAAAAAAGUACAAAACCAAAUCUAGAUUUCCUUGACUGUUAUUAAGAUUUGUACUUUACCUAAAUAUACAAUACAAUGAAGACUUUCUGAACCAAAAAUCACAUCCUCAGAGAAAUAACUUUAACUAUGGCAUGUAAAUUAAGGGCUUCUUGGGCUGUUGCUUCGUAUCAAACAUAUUCAGCUUCUGGUUUUUGUUUUUUUUUUUCCAAAGGCCAGUACCACAACUUAAUUCUAGCAGACCGAGGUCACAGAGAGGUUCAUUUUUUCUUACAUUCUUGCACAAAAUAAAAAAUAAAUAAAAAGCUAUUGUGAGGGGUUUGCAGUUCAAAUUAGACCUUGAGUAAGAGAAUUUAUUUACCAGUACUACAGUGGUGUUUAUUCUUUGCAGACUUUCUUGGCAGUGCAGACAUUAAUAGCAGAGAUAAAAACAAAUAUAAACCAAAAGUUUAGCAUUCUUCAUCAAUAUACCUAAACUCAGAUUAUAUACAAGUAACAAAUUAUUUUGAGUUGAGUGAGGGAUUUUUGGUGUUUCAAAAUCCACAUAACCACAUUGCAGCACGUCCCACAAAACCUCAAAUGAAUAUUACUAGAAAUUCUAAUGAAAAUAAUUUUUUUGCAUGUACAUCCCCAUGUUGAUAAAACAUUUAGGUGUGGAAAGAUCUAAAUUUCAAUCAGAUCAAAUUUUAACAGAUAUUUCCUACUAAUAACAAUGUGCUGUAUAUAUGAUUGCAUCUUUUUUUUUUUUUUCCCAUCUUCCCAAAUAUUAGAAAUAGUAAUUUCAGAUGGGCUGCAUCUGCUGCCCUUGGGUGCCAUUCCAUAAAUGACUUAAAUGACUUUCACACUAGAAAAUAAAAAUUGUUCUGUUAUCCAUCUGAACUCUUCCUAGUUAGCAUACAGCAAAUAUGAGAAAAGCAAUUACCAUAAGUCCCACACAGGAAAACCAUAAAGGAUUUAUGCUAUUAACUGACUGCAGGGAUGAAUGCUGGAUUACCUGCCUCGGGUUUAGCAGCCAGGCCUGAACACUUGGGACUCUGGGUGCAGGAAGAAUUGUAAAUUAUGUAUGUUUGAAUAUUAUGAACACACAUGUGAAUUAAGAUGGGUGGAACCAAGCCCAGCCAAUUCACUCUGGAGCUUGUCUUCAUUCUUGAGUUUCUCCAGUGGGGAAUCAGCACCAAGCCUCAUGUGAGGUGCCACACUGUCCUGCUCCACUGCACAGGGCUCUGCACACUUGGCUGGGGUGAUGAAUCUGCCCUCUGGGACUAGCAGGUCAGAUCUGCAACAUUUGGUAUGAUGACACGCAAAGUCCUUUGGACUGAAUCUGGAAUAGUAGACCGUGAAGUUUCUGAGCUUUUGCUUUCAACUGGACAUUAAUUCCCACGUGUGGAUCUUGUUAUCCACUUCUUCCUGCUCCUCCUCCCAGUUUUCAUGCCUUGUUUCCCUUUCUCUUUCUGCACAAAGAAAGCAUGGGUAUUAUCUUGGAAAAUACCAGAGUUUGGGCUCUGGCUGAGGUGCCUCAGCAAGUACUGAUACCUGUCAUGUGCUAUAGCUCUGCUUAAACUCUGCCUUUACCCAGCAGUGUCAAAUCUUGUGGUCCAUACCACAAUCUCUUCUGCUUCUAAUCUCAAAUUCAGGUUAUAAAAAAAGGCAGUAAAGCUUAGUACUUCUUGAAAUGUGAAGCACAAUUGCUCAGUUUAAACUACUCAGGCAGCCUGAGACUUUUUCACUGAUUAACUCUGUGUUUAAGUAAUUACUGCAAGCACUUACUUAUUUUAUUUGGCUUAUUGUCUGAUAGGACAUUACCACAGUGAUACCUAUACCAGAUAAAUCAAGAAGUAAAAAGCAAAUAUUUUGAGCAAAAGUGUUGCCUCAUAUGAAAGAUGCUGGUUCAUUUAAAAAAAGUUUUCUUUGAAGAUAAUGGUGACUUAAUAUUAUUUUGCAUACUUGUAAGGAUUCCUGCCCAAACUGUGGAUAUCUAGCAUUUCUGAACAGCAAGUUACAUCUGAAAAACAGAUUCAACUGUGGUUAUGGUCAGAAAAGAGAAUAUAAAAAUAGCAGUUUCCAUGUGUUUGGUCAUGUCUGCUUACUUUUCCAACCAAAAUAAAGUUUUUUGAAAUUUUUUACUCAUGUAGACAGUCCAGAGCAAAUACAUCUUUGGUAAAGUGUGCAAGUAACUCUUUUUAGAUAACUUCUACAGAAAUAUUAUGUUACUUUCCUAAUACAGAGCUACACUGAUUUGAAAGCCAGGUUAUCAGAGCAAGUUUGCAGAGCUGCCAAAAGAAAUCAGAAAAAAAAUAUAAUCAAAAAACCCAAUGACCCAAAAAUCCCCACUCUCAGAGAAGCCCCAAAAACAGAAUAGAGAAAGAGAUUUAUAGGUCCAAAAACAUGCCCUCAAAGGGUCAGAAAACAUAAUAUUUUUGCAUAAAACCUACUACUUUUGAAUGUUGUAUUUUAAUUUUUAGUUACUCUACGUGCAGGUUGAAACUGAACACAGAAUUCUUUCUGAAAGUUUAUUUCAUGAAAAUGAAAUUUUUACAGCUUUCCUUCAUAUUGAAAAUUCAUUUCAAGACAAAAUUUGAUUGAAUUGAUAAAGUAACAUGCAUUCAGUGCAAAAUAUACAGGGCAAGAAGACACAGAAAAAGGCUCAUGCUACAUUUUGCAGUCUCUGAUGUGGCACCAAAAAGCAUUUCCCUUUCACAGAUCCAGAUACAAAUCUCAGUCUUGAUUGCCUACAUAUAGAACAUCUGAAUAUAGAAUCUGUAGGAUCUCUUUCUUUCUAAUGUACCUGCUGUCCCUGGCUGUCUAGUCCAUGUGUCCUGACUUCCUCUGAGGGGAGAUAUGUAUAUGCACUAUGUAAUAGGCAGAGGCACCCUCAAGCAGCUCCCCAAAACUGGAUAAAUGGAGAAGCAGGACUAUGGAGUUACACCUGCCCAGCACAAUAUCUGCAGCUAAAAAAGCUCAUGACCAGGACUUGAGCUCUCCUACAGAACUGAGACACAUCAUGAAUAAUCCACAAGAUUUUGUAUUAAUAAUAGGAUUCCAUACAGCAGAAUAUCUCCUCCAUUAAGGAGCACUCCAGACCUCAAGAGACACAACAGCAAUCUUCCUAAAAAUUUGGAGGAAUCUGACUACAGACCAAAUAUUCCCCUCCGAGAACUCAGUGGUAAAAAAUUCUACCUGACUUUAAUGGUGCAUGAUUGUGUCCUCUGCAAAAAAUGUCACUCAACACAUGCAUGGACAACAAGUCAAAUACAUCUGGUUAACAGAAUGUGGCUAUUUUGGGCCCAGAAUAGUGAUAUGAUUAUUUUUGUUGCUUUUUGUUUAUACUUCUGUCUAUCUUUGGCGGGGGAAAAACAGAAAACAAAACCUGAGAAAUCCAUGUUUUAUCAGUUGCAGUGGACAAGGAUACCAUGCAAGGGUGUUGGCCAGUAGAAUAUAUGUUCCCUGUUUUUCAGGUAGUACAUCUCCAAGAAAUUCCUGAAAAUUACCUUACCAUCGGGAGAAAAAUGAGGACAGCAAAAAACUUAACUAGAACCCCUAAAAAUAAUGCUCAUUCUGAAACAGAAAGUUGGGGAUUUUUUCACACAAAUGUGUUUUUCCUGUAAUACCAAAUGUUCAAAAUAUUUUCUUAACAGAUUGUCUCUCCACUUUUUGCUUUUGUCACCUUGCUUUCAUUUAGUUAGACAGUAAUUCCCAAAUGGAAAUUUUAACUUUUGCCACUGAGCAAAAGUAACUGGAUAAAAAGUCCCACUCAUAUCUGUUCAAAAUACUUGAUCAAAAGUUAUUUGGAUUGGGAAACAACCUAUUUUUUAAGAAUAUCUGUUUCACUCAUAGUUGCUAAUCAUCAAUAUGAGCAAAGGAGCCCAGGCUGGGAAGGAGACACAUUUUUCUGACUCACAUGGCAUGGGGCCACAUGCGGGUCUCUGGUUUUUCGUGGAAAAUGGAGGGAAACAGUUUCCGCUGUUGUCACACACUCCUGCCGUAGAUGGUAGGUGGAUGCAUGGGAGAAAGGAACAGUUUAAAUUACAGCAAAACUUUUCCUCAAGUGUUUAUUUUUGAACACUUGCAUGUCACGAAGGCCGGUCUCAUGACUUUAAACAAAACCCAAUGUCAUUGCUUCCAUGAGGUUAAAAUGAAGUGCAAGAGAAAAAUUACAAUGACUUUGCCUGCAACAGAAGGAAGGUCAGGCAUCGCUUUAGACUGAAGAUUGUCUCCAUGGAGCAAUGCCAGCAGCUGAUACUUGACCUUUAAAUUCCCCAGAGCUGCCACAAUUUUGAGGAAGUGGCGUUUGUCAGAUGGCCAAAGAGGGUGAUGGAAAGGCCAGGCUGGUGGCUGAGGGCAGCCAUGGGCAGGUCAGAGGAAAGGUGUUUCCUUACAGUGAAAUUGUCCAUGUGGUGGGAGAAUCCCAGUGAAAUGGAGAUGGAUGAAGGUGCUGCCUGGCGAUGAGGCCAAGGGGCAGGUGCAGAAAGGGGGACGUCGUGAAGGGACACGUCUGCAGGGAAGGAGAGGUCUGUUCUGGCUGCAGAGGGUAAAAGCAGAAAAAGAAAUCCUCUUCAUGACUUCAAAAAAACAGGAGAGUUGAUGCUCAUUAAAGUAAACAAAACACUGGAAGUAAAAACGAAGCUGUUAAAUACCACAGAGCAAUGUGCAAAGAGAUGCAGCAGGAACAAAGGCCUUUCCUUCACUUGCAAGGCCUUUGCUUAUGACAGAGUUACAAAACGGUGCCAUUGGUUAUCCUUCAACAGCUUGACAAAUGGUGUGAGAAAGAAGCAAGACCAUGCGUUUGAUCUGUAUGAAAAGAAGGAUUAUGUCAGAAAUUGUAUCAUUGGAAAAGGAGCAGACUAUAAAGGAACAAUCUCUGUUACAAAAAGUGGUAUACAGUGUCAGGCCUGGAAUUCAAUGAUCCCCCAUGAGCACAGCUUUUUGCCUUCGAGCUAUCGGGGAAAAGACCUGAGGGAAAACUACUGCCGAAACCCCCGAGGGGAAGAGGGAGGCCCGUGGUGUUUCACCACCAGUCCAGAGACGCGCCACGAAGUCUGUGACAUCCCCCUCUGCUCAGAAGUUGAAUGCAUGACCUGCAACGGAGAGAGUUAUAGAGGGCCAAUGGAUCACACCGAGACAGGCAAGGAGUGUCAGCGCUGGGAUCUUCAGAGACCACACAAGCACAAAUUUCGUCCAGAGAGAUAUCCUGACAAGGGCUUUGAUGAUAAUUACUGCCGCAAUCCUGAUGGCAAGCUGAGACCAUGGUGCUACACUCUUGACCCUAACACCCCCUGGGAGUUCUGUGCAAUUAAAACGUGUGAGAAAAGCAUCGUGAACAGCACAGAGGCGACAGCCGAGACCACAAUGUGCGUUCGGGGACAGGGCGAGGGCUACCGUGGCACCGUCAGCACCAUAUGGAGUGGAAUCCAGUGCCAGAGGUGGGACUCCCAGUUUCCUCACCAGCACAACAUCACUCCUGAGAACUUCAAAUGCAAGGAUUUGAGGGAGAACUACUGCCGAAAUCCAGAUGGAUCUGAAUCACCCUGGUGCUUUACCACUGACCCAAACAUCCGUAUUGGUUAUUGCUCCCAGAUUCCUAAGUGUGAUGUAUCAAAUGAACAAGAUUGUUAUCGUGGCAAUGGCAAGACUUACAUGGGGAAUCUAUCCAAGACAAGAUUUGGGCUAACUUGCUCCACAUGGGACAAAAAUAUUGAAGACUUACGUAGGCAUAUACAAAUAUUCAGAGAACCAGAUGUUAGUAAACUGAAGAAAAACUAUUGCCGCAAUCCAGAUGAUGAUUUUCAUGGUCCCUGGUGUUACACAGAUGAUCCUCUUGUGCCCUGGGAUUACUGCCCUAUUUCUCGAUGUGAAGGUGAUACAACUCCAACUACAACCAGCUUGGAUGAUACUGCCAUUCCUUGUGCCUCAACAAAACAUUUGAGAGUUGUAAAUGGAAUCCCAACACAAACUAACGAAGGAUGGGUGGUUAGUUUGACGUACAGGAAUAAGCAUAUCUGUGGUGGUACUUUGAUAAAAGAAGAGUGGGUUCUUACAGCAAGGCAGUGUUUCCCUUCUCGGUACAAAGAUUUGAAAGACUACAAAGCCUGGCUUGGAGUCCACAAUAUCAAAGGAAAGGGAGAGGAGAAGCGCAAACAAGUCCGGAACAUCUCCCAGUUGGUAUAUGGCCCCGCAGGGUCAGAUUUGGUCUUACUGAAACUUAGCAGACCUGCUAUAUUGACAAAUUUUGUAGAAAUAAUCCGAUUGCCCAUUUCAGGAUGUACCAUUCCAGAGAAGACCAGCUGCAGUGUUUAUGGAUGGGGAUACACUGGAUUAGUUAACUAUGAUGGCCUUCUCCAAGUAGCAAACCUGUUUAUUUUGGGAAAUGAGAAAUGCAACCAAUAUCUCAAGGGGAAGAUUACUGUGAAUGAGUCUGAAAUCUGUGCUGUGGCUGAAACCGUUGGUGCUGGGCCUUGUGAGCGAGAUUAUGGUGGUCCUUUGGUUUGUGAGCAAAACAGGCUGAAGAUAGUAGUUGGUGUCAUUGUUCCUGGCCGUGGAUGUGCCAUUCGAAAUCGUCCUGGGAUUUUUGUUCGGGUCUCGUAUUAUUCCCGGUGGAUUCACAAGAUUAUGAUGACCUACAGAAAACCCUGAAAAAGUCAACAACUCUCCUUGAAAGAUUCUGGACAGCCUGUAAUUAAUGUGUAAUGUAAAGAUCAACAAUUUUUUAAGUACUUGAUAGUCAAGUUUGUUGAGCUUCUUUUAAUAUUUAUGGGUGUUUUUGGUGUUUUUGUCUAUCAGUGUUGUUUUAUAAAUGUUGGAGUGACUUACAGUAUAUGCAAGUAUGGUGACAUAUCUCCUGAAGAUACUUGAAUGGAUAAACAAUUUUGCAAAGAUUUGCAUCAUUACUGGAUGAUAAAUGGUUUUGUAGAAAUAGAUCAUAUGACCUCCUUGAUGCUGCUCUUCAGAUUAUCUUAGGAGAAACAAAUUAUAGUUCUACUUAGCACAUCUUAUUCUUUCUAUGAGCCAUAUAUUUCUCUUCAUAUAUAACAAAAGCCGUACUGAGAAAUAUAUGCAUCUGUCCAGGACAGCAUUUAUGAUCAUAUUUCUCUUUCCACCUUAUAAGAGGUCAAAGAUUUCAGUACUUUAUUUAAAAAAUAACUUUAGUAAGCAAUAUUUUCAUUAUUGAUGGACUUUGACAAACCUGCCAUAAGCAGAGUUCUCGUAGAAGUCACUACAACUUUCUUUUACACAAUGCUUACAGACUCUAGUUCUGUACUUGGUUCCUUCACUGUAUAUAUGGUCCUCUAAUGGAUAUCUCAAACCCCAUUUUGGUUAGCAAACUAUUGAUCAUUUCUUUAAAAUAUGACCCAGAAAUAACUGUGGAUUUGCAAUGCUAAAGACAACAUCUCAUACAGUUUGAAAAAGUAAUCCUGAUUAGCUAUUAGAAGACUUUGGGCAUUAAAAAAAAAUUUAAAUCAAAUGUGCCCAAAUCUGUCUAAGCAGACAAGUAUUAAAAGUUUGGUUGGUUCUAGUUAUGUCAUGAAACUCUGCAUUUACAGCAAGAAAAACAACAGUUGAAUCUAGCACCUGGCUGAGAGACUUAAGACUGGGAAAAGUAAGUUAUACAUUAAUAGUUUUUCAGAAACUUGAGAGCUUUAAUAAAACCUUAACUAGAUUUGGACAAAAUUCUAUCUUUUGUAUAACUCCUUUCAAGAUAAUAAAAAAAAAUUGCAGAGAUUGAUAUGAUCUUGUUUUUAAUAUGGACAACAUCACCAAUAGUUUAGUUGCUUGUUUCCUAUACAUGGGACAAUCAUUUUCCUUUAUGCUGAUAGGGAAAGGGAACAUAAAAAUCAUCAUCUAUGAAAAGUGCUUGUUCUUCUGUAGGCAUUUAUCUUUAUGUCUGGAAAUUUUGUACAGAUAUGUUGGCAUAGGUGGCACUGAUUACCCUUUAAUUUCUGGAAAAUUGAUACGACAUAUAUCCAAUUGUUAGUUUUACUACUGUACAUGUAAUGGCAUAAAUAACGGCACUGUUGCUUCACUUGUGACUGUGUAAAUUGUAAAUGUUUCCAGUAGUGUUUGGUCUGUGUAUCAUAUGUAACUGCAGAGCCACGAGACUGGCACCGUGGUGUGGAUAUACAAAAGGACAUUUCAUGCAGAAGAUGCAGGGUUGAAUUCUGCCCUGUCAGAAAGCAACCACUUCAGGGGAGAUGUCUUGGGAGACAGGCCUCAUCUUGACUCACCAAAUUUUCUUCAGCAGUGCACUUUGACUUAAGUGGGACUCAGUAUGCUUACAUCUGGUGAGCUGGGAUGAGUUUCAGCCCAUGCUUAAGAGGCUUGGCUUGCUGAGAUUUGUGUCACAUAUCCAGCAGAUUCUACUGGCACAUAGGAAGAAGUGUUUCAGCGAGCAGAGCUUCUGAAAUUCCUCCUGAUGUAAAUAGUCUCUUUGGACAAGAUGUGACUUCUCUGUACAGCAGAUUCAAGGUUGUGGAUGCUAUGCAGACAGUCUGUCUCAAUCUAUUCUGGCCACCUCUGAAGGCUUCAUGCUCCCUUUAACCUCUCUUACUUACUAGGACUAAAGAGGGCAGGAUUUAACCUGUUGUAUUUACACCUAAUUAUUGUCAUGUAGGUGAAGAGUGUAUUCCUACGAAGUAUAUACUGACCAUAUCUUAUUGAAAAGAUUACAUUUUUAAGAAAGACUUUUAAAAAACUCCAAGUGAGUUUUGUUCUCAGCCACAAGUACAAUGUGGAUAAAAUAUACAAUUCCAUGUUCACUCUUUGUAUUCGAAGAAUUGUCGUGUGCUCACUGUAUUAUAUUUGCAGGCAUUUUGUUAUGUCUAUCUAAAAAAUUCGAAUCCUAAAAUAUUUUAGUUAUAAGCUUCUGCUGUGCAGAGGACUGUGAUUUUUAUAUAUAUAUAUCACACACACACACACACACACACACACACAUAUAUGAUAAAAAAAUACUGUUUUUUCUUAGACAAUGUGUAAGGAUUUUUACCUGUUUGUUCUGGGCAGUGCCUCAGUAAAAUAAAUUGUGCAGAGUUGAUGCUCCAGAACUUAACAAGUUUGUAUGCACUUGCUUACCAGGUACUUUUGCUCUCCCUAUCUCAGAAUAGAGGGCACCUGAGAUCCUGAAGAGCAAGGGAAGAGAAGAAUAAUGAUAUGUAGUAAUGAAUCUGUACUUCAUUUAUUCCUGUGAAUAUUUCUUGUUGGUACCAAUGGUACCGUACCAGGCAAUUGUUAUAACUACAGGGGUCUAUUAAGAAAGGACACUCUAUAGAUAUUUUUUCUCUGUUCUAAUAUUUUUCUCUCUGUUAUAACAAGGGAAUCUGAUCUAGUGCCCAUCUAAAUGCUGAAAAGCCCCUUACUAACUUCAGUGGGAUCUGAACGUCAUAGAUAUUAUUUUAAUUAGAUUAGAAUAAAGGGUACAGAACUGAAAUUCUUGUCUAAGGACAUUCUUAAACUCCACUGAAUUUCAUUCUCAUUCUCCUUGUUGUAACUAAUCCUCUAUCUCUGAAAAGUGUAAUUUUGGAUAUAAAAUUAUGGAAUUAAAACCUAAGAGGUGAUUUUGUGCAACUGAAGUUAGUUUAAUGUAAUUAUUAUUUUCUUUGGGCAUUGGAACUGGCUAACGCUUCUUCCUUUUAUUAAAGAAAACAUUUUUCCCUUAAAAAAAUUUCCCCCUAUCUCUUUUUCUCUCAUAAACCUCAUGACCCUCAGAAAAAUGUAGCUCUCAUUGGGAAUGUACUGGUCUAGAUUUUUGCUGCUACUGCUGAAAACUUCUUCUCUAUUUUAAGUUUAAAAUUCUCUGAGGCAUUCUGCAAUCCCUUCCUGCAGGUAAUGCCAAUGUACUUGACAGAGCUACUCACUUGAGUUAGAGCUUUUCAGAUGAGGGUCCAAAUAUAUUUCUGGGGGUCAAAAUCUACUCAGGCAAAAUGUCCCUUGAAUUCAGUGAAUGAGAUUGUCAAAAGAGCAGGGCCUAAGAGUUGUUCAGUGCUUUUCCACAUGGAUCCUUGUACACAUUCUCAGCUCCAAGGCAACCUCAGCCAGAGUUGAGUUCAGGCUUUGUUAUCAUAAUUCUGGAAAGCUGGUUUUAAAUCAGUUGACCCCCAUGGAGACUGUAGGAAGCCUAUUAGGUUGGUUAUUUAGCCUUGACUCCUUACUAAUUAUUUUUUUCCUCCCUCAUGUGCACUGGUAUAUUACUGUUUUUGAAUGUUGGGGCUGCUGGCAGGAACUGACAUGGCUUUUCACCCUAAAAUUUUCCAGUGUUCCUUUUUACCCUUGGGCACUUAUGUAUGGCAUUUCUUUGCAUGGGAUCUAACUUCAGGGAGCUGCCUGUGGAGUUCAGUGUAUGAUAAAAGUAUUUUUUUCUUAUUUAAGAGGGAAAAAUAAUGCUCCCAUUAAGUACAACUUGAUGAAUGCCUGAUGAAAAGGGAACACUCUGGUUAUAACUUGUAAUACAAAUCUUCUGUAAUUAACAUGUUCAUUAGUUAAUAAAGUUGGUAUUUUUGUAACCUUGUUUACUCUUAUUAUUCUUAAUAAAGUAUUUUAUAAAAAACAACAACUCAAUUAGCAUUAUAUUUCUUAUUGAAAGAACAAGGCCACAACCGCACUGCAAGUUUCCUGGUUCCAAUUCCAGUAA